GCAGUAAGGGAGGGGAGUUGGAUAUACCUCGCCUAAGAUUUCCCGGGUUGGCACCAUCAUUAUUGUUUAUCCCUGUGCUCCAACAGCCCAGCCUUCUGAUGGCUCCCUUAGGUGAAGUUGGGAACUAUUUCGGUGUGCAGGAUGCAGUACCGUUUGGGAAUGUGCCCGUGUUGCCGGUGGACAGCCCGGUUUUGCUAAGUGACCACCUGGGUCAGUCGGAAGCAGGGGGGCUUCCCCGGGGACCCGCAGUCACGGACUUGGAUCAUUUAAAGGGGAUUCUCAGGCGGAGGCAGCUCUACUGCAGGACUGGAUUUCACUUGGAAAUCUUCCCCAAUGGUACUAUCCAGGGAACCAGGAAAGACCACAGCCGAUUUGGCAUUCUGGAAUUUAUCAGUAUAGCUGUGGGCCUGGUCAGCAUCCGAGGCGUGGACAGUGGACUGUACCUCGGCAUGAAUGAGAAGGGGGAGCUGUAUGGAUCAGAAAAAUUAACUCAAGAGUGUGUAUUCAGAGAACAGUUUGAAGAAAACUGGUAUAACACAUACUCUUCAAAUCUCUAUAAACACGUGGACACUGGAAGGCGAUACUAUGUUGCAUUAAAUAAAGACGGGACCCCAAGAGAAGGAACGAGGACUAAAAGGCACCAGAAAUUCACACAUUUUUUACCAAGACCAGUGGACCCCGACAAAGUACCCGAACUAUAUAAGGAUAUUCUCAGCCAAAGUUGACAAAGACCAUUUCUUCACUUGAGCCCUUAAAGAAGUGACCACUCUAGAGGCUCCGUGCGGGGUUCUUAUUGACUGGCUGCGUCAUCACAUCUGCUCCACUGUUGCCAAACUUUGUCGCAUGCAUAAUGUAGGGUGGAGGCCUGGGGGACAUGCUGGUGUGUGGCACUCACAGGCCUGUCCUCCGCGCCUGCCUGUGCCCCUUGAUUUGUUGUGGGAACAGGCGAGGAGGCACGAGUGUGUGCGUGCGUGUGCGUGUGUGUGAGUGAGAGCAGCAGGGAGUCAAAGACAGGAGCAAGCAGAGGAUGGUGGCCUGAUGCAUGCUGGGGAAUAGACACACUUUCACGUCCGAUCAGCUGUCCUUCAGCCAGUGUCUGCACAGCUGCCACGCUUCGACUUGUGGUGUCUCGGCUGGUGGCCUGCGCAGGGUACACUGCAUUUUCAAAAGCAUGGAGGGUGCAGUCUUACUUAAGAGACCUUUUUAGUUAAUUCUCACUGGUGCCAUCCCA